AUGGCAACAUCAGGCCUCUUCAUCGCCGUCAUGCUCCUCUUGUCUGUCGAGGUUCACACCUGGACCUCAGAGAUACCGGUGAGACCCGGCAUGACGUGGGAAGAACAAGCAUCCUAUUAUGCUUAUCAUGACCGCUGCGAUCUCGGGACAACCGAGUCUGUGAAAAUCAUGAUAAAGUUCCGAAAAUACGUUAUCACUAAUUGUGAUCGGAAAGGGCGUAACUCCUUCCGAACCAUCGGCUACGUUCCUAAUAAUCUGGAUAUCCCUGGACCCCACAACAAAGAGUGGUGUAUACAGUACUUCCGAGCGGUUGGCUUCCUUCCUGGGAAGUCCCUCGACUGGGCCCGGAAGACCAUGUGUGACGCCAACUACUUCCGAUCGGGGAAAUGGAGGGAGCCCAAGGGAGAUCGAGCCGAUGAGGAUGUCGCGAACAAGCUCGCUAAAGGUGAGGGCUUCAUUGGUUGUCGGAAGUUCAUGAAAGCUAGUUUUGCCAAGCAGAUACGACGACUAAUAACGGUCGGACGUCGGGCCAAGACAUCAGCGUAG